AUGGCCGCGGGCGGGGCGCAGCGACUGGGCAGCCUCACCAUCUUCUCCCGCGACGACUUUGAGGGCGACUGGCUCCGCGUGGCCAGCGGCGGCUUCGGCCAGGUGUUUCAGGUGCGACACAAGCGCUGGCACAUGGACUACGCCAUCAAGUGCUCCCCCUGCCUCCUGCCCGGAGCCCUCAGCUCUGACGUGAACUGCCUCAUCGAAGAGGCCGCCAAAAUGGAGAAGAUCAAGUUUCAGCACAUCGUGUCCAUCUAUGGGGUGUGCCAGGAGCCCCUGGGCAUUGUGAUGGAGUUCAUGGCCAACGGCUCCCUGGAGAAGGCACUGUCCACCCACCACCUCAGCUGGCAGCUCAAGUUCCGCAUCACCCACGAGACCAGCCUGGCCAUGAACUUCCUCCACAGCAUGAAACCCCCUCUGCUCCACCUGGACCUCAAGCCGGGCAACAUCCUCCUGGACGGCAACAUGCACGUCAAGGUCUCCGACUUCGGCCUGUCCAAGUGGCUGGAGCCGUCGGCGCGUGGGCAGUACCUCGAGAGGUCAGCACUGCGGGGCACCCUCAGCUACAUCCCCCCCGAGGUAUUUCUGGAGAGCAACAAGGCCCCGGGGCCCAACUACGACGUGUACAGCUUCGGGAUCGUCGUCUGGGAGCUCCUCACUCAGAAGAAACCCUACGCGGGCUUCAGCACGAUGGCCAUCAUCACCCGGGUGGCGGCGGGCACUCGGCCCUCCUUGCAGUCCUUCUCCUGCGAGUGGCCCGACGAGACGCAGCACAUGGCGGAGCUGAUGAGGCGCUGCUGGGACCAGGACCCCAAGAAGAGGCCGAGCUUCCCAGACAUCGUCCUGGAGACGCACCUGCUGCUCUCGCUGCUGCAGAGCCCCGUGGCAGCCCCCGAGAGUGAGGCGCUGGCCCGGAAGGUCUCGGGCAAGACCUCUGCGCACUGGGCCCAGGAGGUCAGCGAGGAAGUGAGCCCGGAGCUGGUGGACAGUGACUCCGGAGCCGGCUGGAAUCGGCUCCUGCAGCUCUCGGACACGGGGAGCGGCGUGCCCAGCCUGUACGAGAACAAGGUGACGCCCCUGCAUUUGCUGGUGGCACAGGGCAGCGUGGCGCGGGUGAGGCUGCUCCUGGCCCAGGAGGGCGACGUGGACUGCCAGACGGCCAGCGGCUACACGCCCCUCCUGAUCGCGGCCCAGGACCGGCAGCCCGACCUCUGCGCCCUGCUCCUGGAUCACGGGGCCGACGCCAACCUGGCCGACGAGGACGGCUGGGCCCCGCUGCACUUCGCGGCGCAAAACGGGGACGACCGCACGGCCCGCCUGCUCCUGGACCACGGCGCCGGCGUGGACGCCCGGGAGCGCGAGGGCUGGACCCCGCUCCACCUGGCGGCGCAGAACAACUUUGAGAACGUGGCGCGGCUUCUGGUGUCCCGGCAGGCGGACCCCAACCUGCAGGAGGCCGAGGGGAAGACGCCCCUGCACGUGGCCGCCUGCUUGGGCCACGUGGGCCUGGUCAAGCUGCUGAUUGGCCAGGGGGCAGAGCUGGACGCCCAGCAGAGAAACCAGAGGACCCCGCUCCACCUGGCCGUGGAGCGGGGCCAAGUGAGGGCCAUUCAACACCUGCUGAAGAGCGGGGCCUCCCCCAAUGCCCUUGACCAUGGCGGCUACAGCCCCCUGCACACUGCGGCCGCCCUGGGCAAGUACCUCAUCUGCAGAAUGCUGUUGCGCUACGGCGCGUGCCUCGAGCUGCCAAACCAGCAGGGCUGGACCCCCCUGCACCUGGCAGCCUACAGGGGCCACCUGGAGGUCAUCCACCUGCUGGCCGAGAACCACGCAGACCUGGGGGCCCCCGGGGGCAUGGGCUGGACCCCCCUGCAUCUGGCUGCCCACCAUGGGGAGGAGGUGGUGGUGUCGGCCUUGCUGCAAUGCGGGGCCGAGGCCAACGCGGCCGAGCAGUCGGGCUGGACGCCCCUGCACCUGGCCGUGCAGAGGGGCGCCUUCCUGAGUGUCAUCAACCUUCUGGAGCACGGGGCUGAUGUCCACGCUCACAACCGGGUGGGCUGGACGCCUGCCCACCUGGCCGCCCUCCAGGGCAACAUAGCCAUCCUGAAAGUGCUAGUGAAAGCCGGCGCCCAGCUGGACACGGAGGAUGGGCUGGGCUGCACCCCAAUGCAGCUGGCUCUCCGGGCCCACAAGCAGAGCGCCGUCGCCUUCCUCCAGGGCAAGAAGGUCCCUGUGGCCCUUCUGCAUGGGACAGAGCCUGGGGCCCAGACAGAAGUCUAG